UUGACAUGAGCACACUGUCACAUUCGGAGCUAGACCACGACCCCCGUCCCCCGUCCCCUUCUCGCAACACGAAACCAAAACGAGUCGAGACGAGCCGCUCGGCGUCGCCGUCGCCGUCCGUGUGCCGCUUCAGCCGCCCGCCGGAGUAGUAGCAGCAGCAGCAGUAGGGGGAAGGUAAGCGUCGCCCGAUGGGGGUCUUGGGCGACGCCCCGGGGUGGUGCUUCUGCUCCGGCGGGGCCAAGCUGGAGCGGAUCAAGUCCACCCUCGUCGCCGCAAAGGGCGCCGCCAUCGCUGCUGUAUCCUUCCCCGGCGGCGGCGGAGGCAAAGGCGGGAGCGGGUUCAUCAUCCACCGCGGCCUCCUGCUCACCACGCAUGGCACAAUCCCCUCGGCUGCUGCGGCGGGCGCCGCUGAGGUCCGGCUUAGCCACGGCCGACUCCUAGCCCGCCUGGUGCCGCAGAGAUUCUUUAUUACCAGUUCCAUUCUUGACCUUACAGUAGUUCGUCUUGAUGUUUUGGGUGAUGACUCGAGUGUACGUGGGCAAGAGCCUCAUUUCUUGAAAACGUGCUUGAACCCCAGCUUGGACCUUGGCAGUACAGUUUUGCUACUGGGCCUCAACAGAUGGGAUUUGGCUGUAGGCGAGGGGAAGGUUGUAAUAGCUACAGACAACCUUAUAAAGUUCUCAACUGAUGAAGUCUCAUGGCAUCCUGGAUCUGCUGGGUUUGAUAUGCACGGAAAUGUAGCUUUUAUGGUCUGUGAUCCCAUGAAGCUUGCACCUUCUACACCUACAGGGUAUGCUUCUGCAUCAUCAACUGCGCUCCUUGCCUCAAGGAGGGAUGUGCCGGCACAGUUUGGGAUCCCUAUUCCUGCAAUAUGUGAAUGGUUAAAACAGCACUGGAACGGCAGCUUAGAAGAUGUUAGCAAGCCAAUGACGACUCCUGUGGGGCGUUCUUCUCUUGGUUAUCUUUGUUAUAUUAAGACCACAGAGCGAGAGGGUGGUGAUGUCUUGUCAUCAUCACAGAUUCCACCAAGACUGACAUGGCAGCAUGGAUCUUGCAGUUCAGCAUCUGCCAAGAUUUCAUAUGGCGAAAAGGAUUCGAUUGACUCACAUUCAAUUGACUCACAUUCUUUCCAUGAGCAACAUGAGCUGACCUCAAAAAUGUACAAACCUAAGAACGAGCAAGCUGCCUCACUCAUGGAUAUUAGCCUUCCUCCAGGGCAUCCAAGAUCUAUUUGCCUACCGCUUCCCCUAAAGCAAAUGAUGCCUGAUGAAAACAAGAUUGAGGUGAACAGGUCAGCUCCACAUGAAACACAUCCAUCUAAUGUGCGAAUCAACUGUGAUGCUCUUCACAAUGUUGCUUACCAGGAAAAUUGCUGGAGUGAGGUGCAGUCCAGUUCCUCUCCACUUGAGAUAUCCGAAUUGGGAGAUGAGAAGGAUGGUUUUAGCAGCGGGGAGGAGACAAUGUACUCGGCUGAAACAAGGGAAAGCCGGAACACUCCAAAUCCAAAAGAAAAGAAGACUGAUAUAGUUGGUAGAUCACAGCGUUUUGUGAACCAUAGCAGAUGGGAUUCGCCUAAAAGUGUUGACUCUUCGAAAGGGGUCCCCUCGAAGUCACACUCCUUCAUUCCUUUGACAAAACCGCAUUUGCAGGCUGCAGUCAUUUCACAGAAGAGCCAAGAUUUUUUCAGCCCUACCGUCUCCUCAAGCAUGAAGAAGAGGAACUUGUCCCAAAUUCCCAUGAAACCACGGCAGAGUGCUCAAGUUACAUCCAAGUGGAUCAUCUGAUACGGUUGCCUGUUAUCCGAAUCAUACAAAGAUAUCACAUCUUUUGGUUUAGUCAGUCCAGCGACAUUUCUUUUUCUUUCGUAGUUGUUUCGUGUAAAUGUAUUCUAGUCAUAAACUACGCUCUAGAGAUUCUUUUUCAGUGUAGCAUAAGCUAGAAGAUGUUCUUCGUUACCCUGUAAUUGUUUACUUUUAGGGGUAAUACGAAUUGCCAUUACAAAAUCCAGUAUUUCCCCCGAGACUGUUAGUAGUUGAGGAUGCAGUGAACACCGUCGAGUUUUGAUCUGCC